GUGCCACAGUCCUCUUAGAGUCUUUUUGAAGCCAUCGUGUCGAGAUGAAAGCUGCCAUUUUGAUUGUUUUAGUUGCUCUGGUGGGCAGCAGCGUUGCCCUCUCGCUGGCACGUGCCGGUCCGCCAGUCAAGAAUACGCCAAAGCCCAACCAAUCGAAUGAAAUGACGAAUCAUAUUGAUGUGAAUAUCCAGAAGGAUCAAAAGCCUCAACAUGUGGAGGUGAAUAUCAAGCAAGACCAGCCAAAGCCUCAACUUGUAGAGGUGAAUGUCAAGCAUGAACAGCCAAAGCCUCAGCAUGUUGAGGUCAAUAUCAAACAUGAGGAGCCAAAGCCUCAACAUGUUGAGGUGGAAAUCAAGCCGAUGGAGAAGAAGCCUCAGCAUAUGGAAGUGGAGAUCAAGCAGCAGCAGCCCGAAGCACAGCAUGUCGAAUUUGAGAUCAAGCAGCAGCACAAGCCACAGCAUGUUGAGCUGGCGAUCAACCAGGAACAGAAGCCACAACAUGUCGAGUUCGAUAUCAAGCCGCAACACGAAUCGCAGCACUUCCAAUUGGAGCUGUUUUAAGCAAUGCACAUAUAU